GACUACUGCUGACUGCCAUAUUAGUUUGUGACAUAUUCGUCGUAAACACUGGGCGAGCAGAGGUGUGGUUGAUAUGCUACUGUGAAUCUGUGGAUGUAUUGCAAGGCGAAUCCGAAAAAAUUGCCGAGCGUAAGGAGCCGGUAGUCCACUGUUUUACUUUUCGUCCCGGGAAAGGACUUCACGUAUCUGCCAAAGGAACAGUCGGCGGUGGUUCGCUUGAAGUCUAGCAGACAUUUGGCACCAUUGCCAGACAGAUGACCAAGCAUCUGGAACAUCAACUCAGUGUCUGCAUUUGAGGUCACCGAUGUCCCCAGGGAUAAUGCAGUCUUUGGCAGCUCUCAGUGUCUAUCUAUGCAGUGUUUUCUUGGUUCCAUGCUUGCUGGGACCUCUCCCUUAUGUUGGAGCUUUUAUCUAUGCAUAUUCCAACAACAACAAUACCACAAUGAUAUUUGACGACUUGCCUGCUAUGUUUGGGAAUCAGCUGCCAAAGGAUGGCUUAAAAGGUUAUCUUGUGGAUGCGAAACCACUGAAUGCUUGUGCACAACUGCAUCCACCCCCUACCAGUAAUGACACAAGCAAAUUUAUCGUUCUUAUCCAGAGAAAUGAAUGCAACUUUGACAUCAAGGUACUGCAUGCACAGCAGGCUGGCUACAGCGCAGCCAUUGUCUAUAAUACAGGUUCAGACAAAUUAUUAACUAUGGGGUUCAGUGAUGAGGAUAUUGUUAAGCAGAUUGAAAUCCCUUCAGUCUUCAUAGGUGCCACUGCAGCAGAAUAUUUACAACUGUACUUCCUCUACGACAAAGCUGCUCACAUUGUUUUGCUUCCGGAUUACGCCUUUCCUCUUGGCUUCUACCUCAUCCCUUUUACUGGUGUGGUUGCCAUCAUCAUCAUCGUCAUGUUAUCAGUUAUGAUUGUACGGUGUGUACAGUACCGCAGGAGGCUGAGGAGGAACAGGCUUACUAAAGACCAGCUGAAGAAGAUCCCUGUUCAUAAAUUUAAGAAGGGUGACAUAUAUGAUGUUUGUGCCAUCUGCUUAGAGGAAUAUGAAGAAGCUGAUAAACUGAGAAUUCUUCCCUGCUCUCAUGCUUAUCAUUGCAAGUGUGUGGACCCUUGGCUCACACAGACAAAGAAAACUUGCCCUGUGUGUAAGCAACGUCCUUUCCGCUCAGAUGACGAUUCUGAAUCUGAGGUAGAAGAGGAAAACAGCCCAGAAGUUGGUGGAAGCUCUGAGCGUACUCCUUUGUUAAGCCCGUCCAACCCACCCCUGGGUGGUGGUGUCCAUUCCUUUGGCUCCAUGGAGGAAUCAGAUGGUAUCAUUCCCCAAGAUGACUACUAUGCAUCUGAAAAUGAGGACGAUUCUGAUGGCCAAUGCAGCCAGUCAGAAGGAGACACCGUUCAACUUCUAAACCCCUCAGCCAAUGAGGAACUAUCUAGAAGCCCAAUAAACAUCUGAUGAUCACAUAUAUUCUGUUUUAGUACAACUUUUGACUAUUGCUUCUACAAAUACAACAGUGUGUUUUAUGCUUUUCUAUUUUUAACAAAAAGCAAAGUGACUCCACUACUUAUUACAGCUGCAAUAACUACCUUGAUGGGUUUUCUAAUCUGCUGUAUGAUCAACUGUAGAAAUCUAUACUUAGCAUCAAUAUGGUCUUUUGUAAUGUACGGAUUGUUUACAGGUGUUUUUUUGGGGGGGGGGGGUUGUUAAAGUUUUUUUUUUUAAUUCUUAAUGUUAAUGAAAUUUUGUGCUUUAAGUAUUUUGUUCUUCACUUUGUAAACAGUUAAUGGAAUGAGUGGACUAAUAGUCUAGAAGGAAGAUGCACUUUACCAUAAAAAACUAAUAAUGCAGAAAUGUGAUAAUGCUUAAUCUUUAUAUUUCUUUAUUUCUCAUUUUUCCAAAGUCAGUUUACCUGAUCAUGGUCACAUUUGUAAUGUGAUCAAAAGGGAUAUCUUUAGCUUAAUCCAAGCACACACAAUUGUUGUGCUAUAAAUGAUAAUUUUUAAUUUCACAGAUAAAAUGGAUAAUUUACCUGUAAUUAGUAGACUCCUCAAAGAAAGUCUUUUCAGCUGGUCUGUAGCACCAUAGGAAAAUUGGAUAUGUGACUGUUUGAUACAGAGAAGGUAGUUUUAUUUUUUAUUUUUUGUUCCUGUUAAUGUAUUACUUUUAAAACAGUUUUGCAGGCCCAGAGAUAUUUUACAGUCCACAAACUAUGAAUCAGUGCCACCACUAACCAGAUAUACAUGGCAAUGAAGAAACUGUUUCAGUAUGAUUUCAAUGACAAAUUCCAGUAGAUCAGUGUAUUUAUAUAGAUCUUUAACUGAAAUUUAAAUACAGAAACACCUUAACCCUCAAGAGUUUUUAACCCCGGGUAAAGUAAAUUUAAAGUAAAAGUGCUCUGUGUUAGCCAGUGAAAAUCUGCCUUUAAUAAUAUGAUCAGUAUUCUUCUUUCUUGUUGAGCUAAGAGUGUUUUUCAGUUGCCUAUAAGACAUUCAGUUCUUGAAAUAUAAUAACCAAAUGUCUUUGCUUUGUCCCCAGAUUACUGUACACUACAUAUAUGGGCUCAGUAAAACAAUUUCUGGGAUUCUUUCCAUUAACCUAAUUGACAGGUGGUAUUUUAUUCUUCACCAGUUUGUCCUUUGAGAAACUGACAGUUUUUAUGUUUUUGAGUAAAAGCGUUUAAUUAUUAGCUUUAUUAAACAAAACAGUGAAGUGCUGUUAGAAACCCUUAUGGUAAAUAUAAAAUUGGGGGUAAUCCAAAAAGAAAUGAACCACAUUGAUACUGAUGCAUAUCAUGCCUUGCUGUAGGACUAUUUUAUAUGUACAUGUAUACUGUAUAUUAUCAAAAUGGCUAUUGUUUUCUCAUUCUAUUUUUACCUUUGCAUACUAUUUGGAGAGGGCGGUGUCAGUUGGACCAAAUGAUUGUACUGUACUGUAUCUUGUGCUUUUAGGAGACUUUUUCCCAUGCAUUCUUAUUAUAUAAAACAUUACCAGUUUCUAGCCUGAAACACAGUUUCUCCGUAUUUCUGUGUAAGAUUUUUUUAAAUGGGUCUGUACUACUGUUUCUUUAAAAAUUAAUGAGAUGUCUUAUUGUCUGUGCCAUGAACGAAUAAAAUUCUAAUUUUACUAGAA